GAUGCGUAUGCCUGGAAACUUCAGCAGGAGGUGCAUGCCCUUCGUUUAUAUCAGAAGAAAAGAAAGCUGUCAGUCGCAGAUCCUGGUUCAUUUACCACUUAACUCAAGCUUCCCUGCAGUCCCAGGAAUGAAUUACUAUGGACUGUGGAGACCAAUGGAAUGCCAUGCCUCGUUUAGCGGUUGACGAGAAGCAAAGCCGAGUAGAAUGACAAGGAGGAGAUCAAAUUUCAAAGCCUGGACUGCCAUGACAGAUGACAAAGGCAGUAAGCACUUUGUGCUCGAGGCUGUACUUUCACAGUGAACGCAAAAAGUUCAUGGCAUGCAACACUCAGUCGGGUAAGUUACAACUUACCAGGCAGUUAAUUUUGUUACCCGGAUGUUAAGCUCGUUACCAAACUACAGUUGAGUAAGUUACCACGCAGUUGAUUCAUUUCCCAGACUGUUGCUGAACAGCUGGUUAACCAGACAUUUUUGAGUUUGUUUAACUUUGUUAGCUGGCAUUUGAGUUAAAAAUGUAGCACAUUUCAGUUAAGUGUCCAGACAGUUUGGUACCAGAAAAAGCUUGUUACAACUGACAAGGCAGUUAUUAGCCAUAAGACAUUUGUUUCGUCGCAUAGUCCAGUUAGUUACCAGGCUGGUAAGUUAGUCCCCGGGCAGUUAAGUUAGUUACCACGCUGGUAAGUUAGUUACCGGGCAGUUAAGUUAGUUACCAGACUGUUAAGUUAGUCCCCGGGAAGUUAAGUUAGUUACCAGGCCUUUAAGUUAGUUACCAGGCUGUCAAGUUAGUUACCAGGCAGUUAAGUUAGUUACCAGGCUGUUAAGUUAGUCCCCGGGCAUUUAAGUUAGUUACCAGGCUGUUAAGUUAGUUACCAGGCAGUUAAGUUCUUCUUAACCAAAAGUGUGGUUGAGUUAGUUACCAUGCAGUUGAGCUUGUUCCCAGACUGACACUGGAGGGUUAAUCCGAACCGCAGUCAAGUUAGUUGCUCUUUUGCUACCACGAUGAGAUUAAGCUUGUUGAACUUUGUUACUAUGCUGUUUAAGUUAUUAAUCAACUCAUGGUUGAAUGAGUUAACAUGUUAGUUGAGUUUGUUGCCAGACUGUCUCUCGCUAGAAGGGUAUGGGUAUCCAAACCACAGUUGAGUUAGUUACCUUGCAGCUGGAAUUUUUGUUGACAUCUGCGGCACGACAACAACUCGGAAUCCGCCGAGUGUAAUUGCCCGUUCGGAGGAGCAGGACUUUCGAAGUUUCUCGGUUGUACGUGACAUCGAAGAUUCAGUAGGAACGAGUUACAGUGUGGGACUGAUUGAUGCGCAGUUGCGGAGCUGCGCAUCUGUGACCGGAAUUUGUUGAUGUCAUCAAGAAAAGUUUUGGACAACAUCAUCACUUCCCCUGUCUGCUACCCUCUUCCCACAAGCAGAACACCUGGUGGUCAUUACCACAGUAAUAUCACUGCGUCUAGCCACCAGUGCAUGACACUGCUCACUCGAUCACAGACCAAGGCCAUGGACCGGAAGGCAGGAGAAUCCCUCCUGGCCUAUGAGGAACGCCUGGUGGCAUUCGUUCAGGAGGCCAAUGAUAGGGCUGCCGCCGCGGCCAAGGAACGUAAUCGGCUUGAACAAGAGGGGGAGGCCAAGCGACAGAAAGAGGAACAGGACCGACUUCGUCAAGAAGAGGCAGACCUGCAGGCGGCAGCCGAACACCGGUCACGCCAACGGGAACGAUUGUUCACGCGGGAGACCGUGAUCAGCGAUGAGGCCGCACAUUGGGUGGAAGUGACAUCUGCAGACGGGGCCCCGGAGACUGAGAAAGGGCUGUCAGCCCUUGCGCAGGUCUCCCACGACCUCGUGGCCACCUGCGCUCUGCAGCAGGAGGAAAUCCUUCACCUGCAGCAGACAGUGGACCAAAUGCUCGCACGGCUGCAGGCGUUGGAGAAACAGCCAGCUGCUGUAGCAGCCGUAGGGCCUUCCACCCUUACCACCUGUGUGCAAGUUUUGGAGGAUGACGUCAGCAACAUCAAACGUGUGCAUCAGGACUUCCGGACGUCGAAGCAAGCAACGAACUUGCAGUUGGAGACGCAGGUACAGGCUGCUGCCACCGUGACGCCCGCCGCCGCAUCCUCCCGGCGCCCACCCAAACUGGAUGACAUUCCAGUUUUCUGCGAUCAGUCCAAGACGGAACCGAUCCCGUGGUGGCGCCAGUUUACUCUCAGGCUCGACAUGCACCAUGUCCCGAACAACGAUCGACAUCCGUGCUUGUACCACCGAUCUGGUGGUGCGUGUCAAGCAUGGCUGGACAACAUCUUGACCAGCCACGGCGUAGCAGUGUCGGAACUGCACACCAAGCUCACUUGGCAGGAGUUAACUGACGCCUGGCACAAGCGAUUCCAAGUGGAGCCGCCCGACCUGCAAGCGAUSGACAAGCUCAACAAGCUCCAUCAAAACACGCUGCUCAGUCAGGACUGGAUUACCGAGUUCCAAAGACUCGCCUCCACACCUGACCUGCCGCUCGCAUUCCGCGCCAUCAAGCACUUGUUUAUCAUGCGCUCGUGUCCAUCUCUGCAAAACGCGCUGACGCAGAUUGCAGAGACACUCGACACAUCUGACAAGCUUUUCAGCUCAGCGUCACGGAUCAUUCUCACGAAUAUCGAAGCCCGCAACACCGGCCGAUCUUCCGCGACGACGAGCGGCACCCAGCCCAAGCCAAAGGUGGCUUGCAUUACUUCUACCGAGGCUGCAACACCAAACGAGGGUGAAGUGUUGGCAGCUGCCCGGGAUGGUGGCCGGCCGCGCAACAACCACGGCCGCGACAAGACGAAGACUUAGUCCACCUCUACACCGAGCACCGGAUCAGC